GGCGCCGACCUAUCAUUAGGUGUGCGUUCGAAGAUAAGGGAUUGUAUACACAUUUGCACCAAAACCCGUCUUUGGCUCUACGAUGACUUGACGGGCGAUAAUAUAGUCUACAAAUACAUUGCGUGGACAACAUUACCCGCAGUCGGAUCAGGAAUACCUGAAAUGAAGACUAUAUUAAGAGGGGUUGUUCUCAAUGAAUAUCUGACGUUUCGUACAUUAGUCGCUAAAAUGAUAGAAUAUCUGAGUAAGGACAUGAUUGAUUUACUAAACUCUGGAUUAGGUCUGACCUCAACAUUAGGCAGUGGACUACCUCUGGGCAAAGAAGGACCGUUAUACUCAUGCACCGAUAGGUUCGUUCACGUGGCCUCUAUAGUGGCGACUUUGCUCUCAAAACUGAUCACUUCAUUCAAAGGCAUUUAUGAGAACGAGUCCCGAACUGGAGAGAUGUUGGCCGCCGCC